AUGUCGGUUCGGAAACGAAGUCUAGAAGAACUUGAAAAGCAUUAUAAUUUAACUCUUGCUCAGAAUCAAAGUGAUUGGACUCUUGGCAAUACAAUUCAGUCACAGACUUGUCAUCUUAAAGACCAUUCCUCACUGUUCACCACUUUAAACAAAUGCCUGAAUCUAGUAACGAAUAAAUACGAUGAUUUCUCAACACAUGCAGGUGUUUUCAUCACUAAUCUUACUGGAGUGUUUGUGGAAUUUCUUGUGAAAUAUCAUGGCUGCUAA